AUGCCAACGUUACCUUUAGCAAAGUAGCUACUAGAUACUUUCUUAAAAAAAUCAAACAAAACAAAGACGUACUACUUUUUUACCACUAAGUUAAAAUGGCUGAUAUUUUGUCGUUGAAAGAAUCAGUUCUGGUCUAUUUAGACAGAAGUGGUGGCCUUCAGAAACUGGCCGAAGAUUGCAAAACAUUCAACGACCCCCAGCAGAUUGAGGCAGUCUACAGGUUUUGUAUCAGUGUGAAUCCCUCUGAUGUGAUAGAGGUGGAUCCUGUAUUGGGUGACCGUGUUCUGCAUGAUCCCAUAGGAGCAACAGCGUUGUUUCAGUCUGUUUGCUUCCUGGCCAUAAAGACACUUUCACUUGUUGAAAAAAUACACACAGAGAGUCAGGUGAAUGUGAUUCUGAAGUUGACACAUCUGCCUCCCUUCCCUGAGUACACGUUGGACCUUUGUAGUUUUCCUCGCGGGUACGGGCCCAUGAGGCCUGUCUCUAUGGAGGGCCUGGUCAUUGCCAUGACAAGGGUCACGAAAUACACCCAGGGUGCCAGGUUCCUUUGCAUUAAUGAUGACUGUUCCUGCUCUACAGGGUUUCACUACAUUCGUGUCCAUGCACCUGGAGCCACAGAGUCAGCUACAGUGAGAAACAACUUCACCUGCAUGAUCUGCAGCUCCCCACUGAAAGAAGAUGUGAAGUUUAGAGUGUUGGGAGACAAACAGCUCGUGGAGCUGAUCCACGUCAAAGCACUGGGUGUUCUCUGUGCCCAUCAGCAAAGCUCACUCAGGUACCAGUCUGUCACCCUGUUUCUCAGAGAUGAGCUGUGUAACUCAAUGAGAGUCGGUCAACUCUACAGGGUGUUAGGCAUUCCUGCGCAUGUGCACCAGUGGCCCAGCAUUACCUGGAGUGUAGAGGCAAAUAGCGUCCAACCGUGGGAGCCAGAGUAUCCCCAUAAAGUCAGUGCCAGCUUUCAAGAGCUGUUGAAGGCCACAGCCGGUUCUCCCUGGAGGUUUUCUGCCAUUGUGGCUCACUGCUUUGGGUUGGACGUGGCUCCUCCAGGCACAUACAACACCCUAAAGCUGAGCUUGUUGCUCAGCUUAGUGCAGACUAGAGCAGAUGCAAAAGACACAUAUCACAACUUGGAUCUCUUAGUUGUCACCACUGACACUCUCAUACUAGACAGACUAAUGACGUACAGCCUGAGCUUGACGUGUCGAGGGGUCAGGCAUCAGGCCUCGGGGGAGAUGUUUGCAUCUCUGUCCCGGGACGAACACGGAGCAGGCACUGCUAACAUCCAUGCUGGCUCCGCCCUGCUAGCCACUGGUGGCAUUUGCAUGUUGGGAGAUCUGGGUUGUUACAAAAAGGACAAGUUGGAUGCUAUUCAGUCAGUUCUGGAGAGCUGCACAGUGGCUGUGUUCAUCCCAGGGAAGAAGUAUGGUGAGGAUGCUGACCAGCAGCUUUCCUUCCCAGUCCACUGCAGCUUCUGGGCCCUCGCAGAUGCCUCUCGACGGUCUGGGAGGGCAGACUGUACUCUACUGGGAACAGCAGAAAUGGGUGCCGUACCAGUUCAGUUGGCAGAUGCCUUUGGCCUGGUCAUUCAGUGUAGGGAUACGGUGGGAGAGCAGGCCCUGCUUGCUCAGACCAUCCACACCCUCCAGCAGGCAGUGCAGCCUGGAAAACCCCUCUACCCAUCCUGCUGGGAGUUUUCUACUCAAGACUACCAUGAGCUGGUAGCUCAUGCACAGACUUUGCAAGUGGAGCUCAGCCCUGGAGCAGAGAAAAUCAUCCACGGUUAUUACAUGGCCAGCCGUAGAGUCCGAACACAGAGUCAGGGUGUCAAGAUGUCUGUGGCCUCUAUCAAACUACUGAUCUCUUUGGCUGAAGCCCACUGCAAAUUGUGUCUCAGAGCACAAGUAAAGGAGGAAGACGCUGUGAUUGCUGUGCUCCUCUGUGAAAACUCAGUCACUCUCAAGCAUGGGGCCUCUGCCCUCGUUAUUCCACCUGAUGCAGUGUUUCCUUGUGAUGUGGGAGAUGUGGAUGGUUUGCACAAGAGAGACAAGACCCUGGAUGAGCUGCACCAGAACAUCCUACGCUUCAUCUAUGCCUAUGCACCGGGAGCAGACACAUACAUCACGGAGGAGUAGCCAUCAAUGUUCAAAACAGGUAACAAUAUCACAACUAAUUGAUAUGAUACAAGCAUCCCCAAUUCAUUCCUUCAUAGUUACUCACUGGUGAUCUUUAAGAUCUAGCUACAGUACAUCUAAAUUAAACAGAAAAGAUAUGCAGUG